CGAGAGCGGCGAGGCGCGGAUGGGGACGGCCGGAGAGCGCGGCGGCGCAAGGCCCGAGGCCGGCCCGUUCUUCACCUUGGCCGAAGUGGCGAAGCGCAGCAGCGACCGGGAGGCCUGGCUGGUCAUCCACGACCGCGUCUAUGACGUCACCCGCUUCCUCGACGAGCAUCCAGGUGGAGACAGGGUUCUGCUUGAACAAGCUGGUAGAGAUGCCACAGAGAGCUUUGAAGACGUUGGCCAUUCCCGGGAUGCUAAAGAAAUGCUCCAACAGUAUCUCAUAGGAGAGGUCCAUCCGGAUGAUCGCAAACCCGAGACCUCCAAGGUUCCAAGCCCAUUCCAUGAGUCAAGCAUCUGGACGGUCUGGCUAAUCCCUAUCCUGGGAGCCCUGGUUCUGGGCUUGAUGUAUCGCUACUACACAAUGGAUGGCAAGUCCUCCUGACUUGAGUCUGCAGAGGUUUUCUGCACCCACCUCACUCCAUUGACAGCUGUUUUCUAACUUCUGAUGGCGUCUUUCACUUUUAUCCGUCAGUUUAGUGCCUCUGUUACCUGCAGAGCCAAGCAGGGAUCUAGGAAGACCACUGUCCUUGCUGUAAACCCCAGGAAUUGUCAUUCCACUGCGAUACGCUUUUUCAGGCACCGUCUGCAAGUCAUUUUCCUUUAAAUGGUUCUGAUGCUGCUCCUUCCACUUGUCUUAUCAAACACUGUCAGCAGCCAGUGUGUAGCCAGGUUUCCUACCGAAAAUGAUCCCACCGGCAUCCGCCAACGGGACUCGCUUAGGAGGAUUUUCUGUAAGCUUCUCCUGUACUUGGAGUUUCAAAUGGUUAAAUUAACUAUGUAAUUUUAAUUGUGUUUUGGUUUACAUAGUCCUCUUUCAUUGUAUGCCUAUUCUGUAAUAAAAGUCUGGACCAGC